CGGCGGCGCAAGCGCACUGGGUCUGCCGCGCCAAACUGCAGUCAUGGAGCAGGCACCUCCGGAUCUCGAGCGGCAGUGGCAGCCGGCUCCCCUAGAGCCACUGGGCCACACCGACGCGGGGCUGCAGGCCGCGGUCGGUGAGGAAGCAGAGGGUUCCCGAGACGAGGUCCCCGGGGACGGCACGGAGCAUGCUUUAGGCCUGGGAGUGCUGAUGACAGAAAAUAAUUUUGGGUUGAAGAAGAUAGAAAUUAGUGUUUCAGAAGCAGAAAAGCGAACUGGAAGAAAUGCCAUGAACAUGCAAGAAACAUAUACUGCUUACCUCAUUGAAACAAGGUCAGUUGAACAUACUGAUGGUCAAAGUGUCCUAACAGAUUCACUAUGGAGGCGGUAUAGUGAAUUUGAAUUGUUGAGAAACUACCUUUUAGUUUACUAUCCACAUAUUGUUGUGCCACCUCUACCAGAGAAAAGGGCAGAAUUUGUUUGGCAUAAACUCUCUGCUGACAACAUGGACCCGGAUUUUGUGGAAAGACGACGGAUUGGUUUAGAAAACUUUCUUUUGAGAGUUGCCUCACAUCCCAUCCUUUGUAGAGACAAAAUCUUCUAUUUGUUUUUAACACAGGAAGGUAACUGGAAGGAGACCGUGAAUGAAACUGGGUUUCAACUGAAGGCAGACUCCAGGUUAAAAGCGCUUAAUGCAACAUUCAGAGUGAAAAACCCAGACAAGAGAUUUACUGAACUAAAACACUACAGUGAUGAACUACAGUCUGUCAUCUCACAUCUUCUUCGAGUCAGAGCUAGAGUGGCAGAUCGACUCUAUGGUGUAUAUAAAGUGCAUGGGAAUUAUGGGCGAGUUUUCAGUGAGUGGAGUGCCAUAGAAAAAGAAAUGGGGGAUGGACUGCAGAGUGCUGGUCACCAUAUGGAUGUGUAUGCAUCUUCUAUUGAUGAUAUUUUAGAAGAUGAAGAACAUUAUGCAGAUCAGCUAAAGGAGUAUCUGUUUUAUGCAGAAGCACUGCGGGCUGUAUGCAGGAAACAUGAACUUAUGCAGUAUGACUUGGAGAUGGCUGCUCAGGACUUAGCAUCCAAAAAGCAGCAAUGUGAGGAACUGGCAACUGGGACUGUGAGAACAUUUUCCUUGAAGGGAAUGACUACCAAGCUCUUUGGCCAAGAAACUCCAGAGCAAAGAGAAGCCAGAAUAAAGGUGCUAGAAGAACAAAUAAAUGAAGGAGAGCAACAGCUAAAGUCUAAAAAUCUGGAAGGCAGAGAAUUUGUGAAAAAUGCUUGGGCUGAUAUUGAACGCUUCAAAGAACAAAAGAACCAUGAUUUAAAGGAAGCUCUCAUAAGCUAUGCAGUUAUGCAGAUCAGUAUGUGCAAAAAGGGAAUUCAAGUUUGGACCAAUGCUAAGGAAUGCUUUAGCAAGAUGUAAUCCUGUGAAAUGAAUUUCUCUUCAAUCAAAGUGCCCCAGAACAGAAGCACAAGUAAAUAAAAAAAAAAUAAAGUUGCUAUCCAGUAUACACAAAAAUAUAUAUAAGUUGAGUAAAUUCAACUUUCUUUAAUUUGAUUGUAGUUGUGUUAAAAUAGCACAAAAAGGAUGUAUUUUAAUGAAUAUUAAAUAUUAUAAUUUGAGGUUUUGGGGACUGGUGCUGAUUCCAAAAUGUUAAUUUGAUAAUAUAUACCAGUAUAUUGUUUGUCAGGCUUCUGAACCAGUGACUGAAUGAAAGAUGUUAGAUAAUAUGUUUAUUUCAAUGCCAGUUGUUUCAGAUCUGUUUCUGUAGGGAAUUUUUCCCCAAGAUUGCAUUCCUGUCUUUACUUAGUAAGACCCACUAAUCUGUUAUAGGGGGUUAUUUUUUCUUGCCUUAUAGUUGAGCUGUUUGGUUUGACAAAGCUCAGCAGAAACUUAGUGUGAACUCUAAGGUUUUCUCUCACAUUCAUUGAUGCCCCCUAUAACAUUUGCAUACACUAGAAAAUGCCUUCAAUUUGUGUUUUACCAGAAUUUUGAUACUGGUCAGAAAUUUUAUACUGCCAACAAAGAAGACUCAACUUCUCAGAUAUAUAGUGGAACGCAUUGUUAUGAUCCAGGAAUUGCUGUAUAGAAAGUUUUAAUUGAAUAUGUUACCUGUAAGCACUAAAUUCUUCUCAAAUAAUUCUUAACCUCAGUGAUGAGCCUAAAUUUACUAUGCUUGGCUCUCUACACAUGGCAUUUCAGGGUACAAGAUGUAGCAUUUCAUUGUAUAAGAUACAUGUAGUGAAUAUAUGUGUUAGUAUCUUCAUUAUUAACAUCCUUCUCUAUUGCUUGGCUGUAAUUUUUGUAAAGAUAAAUUAUAUUGUUUGUAUGGUGUGUGUGUGUGUGUGUGUGUGUGCGUUUGUGUGUGUGGUAUAUGUUCAGAAGCCAAGUACCCUCAUUUUGCUAGCUUUGCAGUAUUUUAAAUGUGUUCUCAUUAUUACUAAUUAAUGUAAAAAAAAAAAUCCCCAGUACUGUUCAGCAUUUGACUUUUUUACAUGUUUAAAAUGUUGCUGGAUUUUUGUGCUGUUUGCCAGACUUACAAUAAAUAAAUGAAGUAUUGUGCUGA